UUUUCCUGUGCCAUUCGUUUGAUAUUCGCGAUACGUUGCCUGUCGCUUAUUGUUUUGAAGUCUCGUGUUUCUAAUAUUUCGAAGUUUGGGGAAGAAAUAGGCAGUUUAGAAGAGAGAGAAAAAUCGUUUUUGCCAUAUAUAUAAUCUAUCAACCAGAAAAAAUAACAUAAAAAGAUUCGUUAAUUUUGAAACGGCGUAUUUUAUUGAAAAUUCCCAGAGAAUAUCAUGGAGAAUGCAUUGAAAGACACAGAGAAGAAAUUGUCCAAAGUGAAACUAGGAAACCGAAGCGAUAGCGGGAUUUUGCUCCCAAGUAAUGAAGGGAGUGAGAACAGGGAUGAUGUAAACGCACUGAAGGCAUCCAAAGAAAGUGACAGUGGACAUAGCAGCCCUCACUCAACCAAUCCUUUUAAUGGUUCUCAGGGAUCUUCGGCUAAAAGUAUUGAUGGUAAAGCGGAAUUCUUGCAAAAUCUUGAAAAGGAGUCAGAAAAAUUGAAUCAGUAUCAUCUGAAAGAUGAUCUCGGCCAGGGAUCAUAUGGGAUGGUGCGGUUGGCGUAUAAUGAAGAUGAUAAAAACCAUUAUGCAAUGAAAAUCCUCUCAAAAAAGAAACUUCUUCGCCAAGCUGGUUUCUUGAGGAGGCCUCCACCACGUAAAGGAGGCAAGAAGAUGUCGACACCACUCGAUAAGGUUUAUCAAGAGAUUGCUUUACUGAAGAAACUUGAUCAUCCAAAUAUUAUUAAACUAGUUGAGGUUCUAGAUGACCCUGGACAAGACAAGUUAUACAUGGUUUUUGAACUCAUGAGAAAAGGUGAAGUGAUGGAUGUUCCCACAACUGAAACGUUCACUGAGGAUAAAGCCAGAAAUUAUUUCAGAGAUGCAACGCUAGGACUUGAGUAUUUGCACUUCCAGAAGAUCAUCCACAGAGAUAUAAAACCUUCAAAUCUACUGAUCGACGAUCAAGGUCAUGUCAAGAUUGCUGAUUUAGGGGUCAGUCAAGAGUUCAUAGGUCAUGACCUGGAAGUAACAACUUCUGCAGGAACACCAGCAUUCCAUGCACCGGAGGCAGUAUCGGGCAGUGAUGAAAAGUAUCAGGGAAAACCGCUUGAUAUCUGGGCGCUUGGUAUCACACUGUAUUGCUUCAUGUACGGGAAUUGCCCGUUUCAGAGCGAACAUAUAUUAGAGUUACACAGUAAGAUACAAGAGGAUCCUCUGGUCUUUCCUGAUAGCCCCAAAGUCAGUUCCUCCUGCAAAGAUCUCAUCACAAAGAUGUUGAUCAAGGAUCCAUUGAAGCGUAUCAAGAUGUCAGAGGUCAAAGUUCAUCCAUGGGUCACAUGUAAUGGUUCAUCGCCUUUGACCUCUGAAAAGGACAACUGCCACCUAGUGACAGUAACAGAAGAAGACGUCAAAACCUGUGUGAAACAGAUUCCCAGGCUCGAUACUUUAAUUCUUGUUAAAGCAAUGUUGAAGAGGAAAAGCUUCAGGAAUCCUGCUUUCAAUAAUUCGUCAGAACUUACAAAAACUUAAAAUUUAGAGAAAGAUUUUUGUGUAAUUCCACAACAAUUUAUAGCAAUUCAAGUUGUUACUGUCUAGGAAAAUCUACAUCCUGGUAUGGAGAGGGUCAACUAAUAUGAUGUUUCCGGCUGUUGAUGUACAUUACCAUGGAUUUAAAAAAACAUUGAACAACUAUUCUGAACAGAGCUGUGGAUUUUGAAAAAUUCACAACUGUCGUUUGAAUUCAAGUCAUAAAAGUUUUGAUCUCGGCCCCCUACUUUGAGUUGAAAACAAUCUGAUUUGAGAAAAUCUAAUUUCGAAAAUAAAGACUUUGGUUUCUUUGUCUGUCCAUUUAGAACACUCUUUCUGUAGAAAAUUCUGUCUCUGAAUUCUGAAAACGGGUAUGACUCCAGUAAAAGCUAACCAAACUCACAAUUCACAGCCCUGAUUACAGUAGACCUUAAUAUGCAGUAUUAAAUGCUUUAACUAUUCUUGUUUUGACGAGUGACGAUUCUUGUUGAUGAGUGUUUUUCGAUAAAGUGAUGUAAUGUCUAUUCCUCAUUCUGCUAUCUUAUACACACGAAUCUAUAUGAUGUGACCUAUGUCACAAAAAUGAACAGAGAAAAACGUGUCCCUUCAAUUAACGAAAGCAGCAAAAUCUUGGUGAAUUAUCAGGUCCUAUUAGACUAGGCAAAAAUUUGGAAUCUAUCAGUUCAUUAGUUUCAUAGGAAAGCGA